UGCCUGCCCGGGGAGCCGGGGCGGCCCCUUGUCCGGCCACCCCCACUGCCCAGUCCCGCUCCCGGCCGCGGCGGCCGCAGCAGUAGCGGCUCCAGGAUGGUGAGCGCCGCUGCCCUCCAGACCCGGCCUGUCGCCCCCGGCCCGCGCCCGGGUCCCGGGGCCGGACGCCCCCCCAGGCCGCGCACACUCACCUAGGACCGGGCCGGGAUGCCGAGCUCCAGGUUCCCCAUGUUGCCACCCAAGGAGCAUCCGGACAUGAAGGAACAGCGUUCAGACCCUGUGCCGGGACCUCUCCUCCCCUCAGGGGUCUGCUCCUCAACCUGUGUGGCUGAAAAUGGCUUGCUAUGAAUAACUAAGACAUCCGUUUUACCCACGGCUUGGAAGCUACUUCAGGAACUGAGGACGAGAGGCCAAACAGCAAACUCUGUUGAAGAUGCACUGGACACCGGAACACGCCCAGCCCCUCAACCAGUGGCCAGAGCAGCACCUGGACGUCUCCUCGACCACACCAUCACCAGCCCACAAGUUGGAGCUGCCUCCUGGGGGUCGCCAGCGCUGCCACUAUGCUUGGGCACACGACGACAUCUCUGCCCUUACUGCUUCCAACCUCCUCAAGCGCUACGCGGAGAAAUACUCAGGGGUCCUGGACUCGCCCUACGAGCGCCCUACCCUGGGCGGCUACGGCGAUGCCGCUUUCCUCAACGGCGCCAAGGGAGACCCCGAGCCUUGGCCAGGGCCAGAGCCACACUACCCCUUGGCAUCACUCCACGAAGGCCUCCCGGGAACGAAGCCAGGCAGUGGGGGCAGCUCCGGGGGCCUCGGGAGCUCCCCGGUAUUAGCCGGGAACCUUCCUGAACCCCUCUACCCCGGCAAUGCGUGCGGGGCCCCUCCCGCGGCGCCUGAAUACGCCGCAGGCUACGGCGGCGGGUACCUGGCCCCCGGCUACUGCUCGCAGACCGGAACCACAAUGCCCCCGCCGCCGCCGGCCGCGCUGUUGCAGCCUCCGCCUCCGCCGGGCUACGGCCCCUCGGGUCCUCUGUACAACUACUCUGCGGGGGGCUACGCUGCGCAGCCCGGCUACGGGGCUCUACCGCCGCCCCCGGCCCCGCCGCCGACCCCCUACCUUCCCUCCGGCCUAGCGGCGCCCACGCCCCUGCCGGCGCCCGCCCCAUCCAGGCCUGCGCCCACCUCCUACAGCUUCCAGGCGGCCGCUCCCGGUGCAGAGGCUGGGGUGUCGCUGAAGCGCAAGGCCGCUGAUGAGGGCGCAGAGAGCCGCUACCGCAAGUACGUCUACGAGCCUACCAAGGCCCCGGCAGCCGACGGCGUCUCCUACCCUGCGGCGGACAACGGCGAGUGUCGAGGCAAUGAGUUCCGGGCGAAGCCUCGGGGAGCGGCGGAGGAGGCAUCGGGCAAGUACGCCGACGGCGUCUCUCUCAAGGUCCUGGGCUUUCCGGUCUACGGCCCACAACUCGAGCCCUUUGAAAAGUUCGCAGAGCGCGCCCCGGCGCCAGCUCCCCGCGGGAACUUUGCCUUGCCGUCGGAGGAGCCUCCCAAAGGCGUGGACCCAGGGGCCCUGGAGCUGGUGACGAACAAAAUGCUGGACUGCGGACCCCCGGUGCAGUGGGCAGAGGUGGCGGGCCAGGGCCCGCUCAAGGCGGCUCUGGAGGAGGAGCUGGUGUGGCCCCUGCUGAGGCCGCCCGCCUACCCCGGCAGCCCACGCCCGCCGCGGACAGUGCUACUCUUUGGGCCUCGGGGCGCGGGGAAAGCGCUGCUGGGACGUUGCCUGGCCACGCAGCUGGGCGCCAGUCUGCUGCGCCUGCGCGGAGCCGCUCUGGCCGCGCUGGGCGCCGCGGAGGGCGCGCGCCGGCUUCAAGCCGCUUUCGCGGCCGCGCGCUGUCGCCCGCCAGCUGUGCUCCUCAUCAGUGAGCUGGACGCGCUGCUGCAGACCCGGGAAGACGGCGCCGCCUCGGGUGCGCUGCAGGCGCCGCUCCUGGCCUGCCUGGAAGGCGGCUGCGGCGCGGGGUCCGACGGCGUGCUGGUCGUGGGCACCACCUCGCGGCCAGCGGCUCUGGACGAGGCCACCCGCCGGCGCUUUGCUCUCCGCUUUUACGUGGCGCUGCCGGACAGUGCGGCCCGAGGACAGAUCCUGCAGCGGGCGCUGGCCCAGCAGGGCUGCGUGCUGAGCGAGCAGGAGCUAGCGGCCCUGGUGCAGGGCACCCAGGGCUUCUCCGGGGGAGAGCUGGGGCAGUUGUGCCAGCAGGCAGCGGCCGGGGCGGGCCUCCCGGGGCUGCAGCGCCCCCUCUCCUACAAGGACCUGGAGGCGGCACUGGCCAAGGUUGGACCCCGGGUCUCUCCCAAGGAUCUAGACUCGUACGUGGAGUGGGACAAGAUGUACGGCUUCGGACACUGACGGCGCGCGGGCGAGGCCUAGGGAGUCGCCCCUCCCUCCCCGGCCAUGGGAGGGACGUCUUUAACCCACCGAGCUGGGGAGGGUGCCAAGUGAUGAAUGUGGGAGGGAGAAGGGAGGGUGCAGUUGGUGGAUUUUU